AUCAUUCUUUGCUUUUGUGUAAUGUUUUUAUUAGAAAUGUGAAACCCAAAAGCGCAUAUUGGUAUUAAUUCAAGUCAUAACAUUUGAUAAAAAAUUUAGAGAGGUCCUUAUUUAUUUCUGGCAUGGUUUUAGAAAGAGGAAGGGUGGUUUUAGCAGUGGUGGGACGAUGGUAAGACAGAUAUCAAGCUUUAUGUCAGCAGCACACCCUCAACGUGAGUCCACAGGAGAUCGAGGAUAUGUUGAAAUCCUCAAGUUGAAAACACUAGCUUUAGCCAACCAGCUGGACGUAAAAGGGUGCACUGGUCCGGUCCCGAUUCCAGACCAUCUCAGAGAUGGAUAUUAGCUUCUUCUUCGGUCUGGAGAAUGAGAGUGGACCCAAGGGGGUGAUCCGCACUUUGUUAGCAGACACAGGGGAGAAGAUGAUCUGCAGCAUCCUGCUGCUCAUCAUCCUGACCUCCUGUGUCUCUGGAACAUUUGUAGUGAAUGUGACCCAGACCUCCUAUCAGGCAGAGGAGAACCAGCACAUCACACUGGAGUGGACCUUCACAACCAACCCUCACACUUCCUCCAACUCUCUUUUUAUCUUCUGUGAACUGAUAACUGAUCUCAAUUUUCCAGUCCUGUUUCAUCUCCAUGAAGGAGUUGAGGUCCCAGAGUCUCAGGAUGAACAGUUUGCAGGACGAGUCCAGUGGGACAAAGACGUCCUCAGAGAAGGACGACUCAGACUUCAUGUGUCCAGGCUCAGGACUGAAGACUCGGGACAGUACCUGUGUGAUGUGAUGUGCACAAGUUAUGGGAGUAACUCUGGUAGAUGUUGGCUCAACGUCACUGCAGCGAGGGAUCGGCCUGAACCUGAGACACCAAACACAACAAGUCCACCACAACAAGAGAGUUGGGGAAGGAUCGGACUCUACUGUGGACUGACAGCAGCAGCUCUGCUGGUUUUUUGUACUCUCUUUUUAGUCUUCAGUCCUUGUUUUACCAAAUCUACUGAUAAUGAAAGAAAUCUCCUACAGUUUGCAGCUGUACAGAUGUCGAGUUUAUCAGAGAAACAAGUCAUCAGGACUAACAGGACCCAGUCUGACCAGAGGGUCAGGGAAGGAUCGGACUCUACUGUGGACUGACAACAGUAGCUCUGAUGGCUGGUUGUUACUGUUUUUACAGACACUUUCCGUUCAAGAUUUCUACUCAGAGAAAACUUAUACUUCACCAAGUGCAUCAGUAGAAACUUUAAUUAAACAAUACUGUCAAAAAAUUCAAUUUUGUACCACAGAGACAGAAAAUACUAGUUUCUCACAAACAAAGUUGUUUGAAACAAAUGCUGUGCACAAAAAGUGACCCUGAGUCAUAUAACACAACUGAUUAAUGGUGGAAAAUAUGUUACUUAAUAUAUUGCUGCUGAAAUUAAGUGAAACAAAUGAUGUAAAUUACACUAAAUAAAGAAAGCACACAGAACAAUAUGGAGACAUCUUCCUGCUUCUUCUUCUUCUUCUUAUUCCUGAAUUUCAGUUCCAGAGACAUUUAAACCACAAUGCAACCGGAGCACCAACUCUUCCAUUCAUGUGUGUUAUGAUGCUGAGCUGAUAGCAUGCAGGUUAACUGUGGAGACUUGAUGAUCAACUCCUUCAACAAGACCAGCUGACUCCCAGUGAAAAGCUCCCUCUGCU